AUGGCUCGUAAGGACGACGACGAAAAGGUCACCGUCGUUGACCAGGGCGUAUACCCAGUCCCUGAUAUCCCAAUCAAGGACUUGUUGGACGCUAUUCCCGCUCACUGCUUCAAGAGGUCCGCCUUCAGGUCUGGUCUCUACAUUGCAUGGGACUUGUUCGUCAUUGUGUGUUUGUACAAGGCCACCGUGUACGCCAACACCUUCGUUGACCCUGCUGUCAUCUCCCUGCCCCACCCAUACCUCUACACCGCCCUCAGUGUCUCUCUGUGGGCACUUUAUGGUUUCUGGGCUGGCCUCUUCGCCACCGGUCUCUGGGUCAUUGGCCACGAGUGCGGUCACCAGGCAUUCUCUGAAUCAAAGACCGUCAACAACACUGUCGGAUGGUUCCUUCACUCUGCCCUCGGUGUUCCCUACCACUCGUGGCGCGUGUCCCACGCUAAGCAUCACGCUUCGACCGGACAUAUGACUCAGGAUCAGGUCUUCGUCCCUACCACUCGUUCUGGCCUUGGUUUACCUCCUCUCGACCCUGCCAGGGAAGACCUCCUCGGUUCUCGUGUCACAGAAGAGGUUAAGAAAGAGAUGUGGGAGGCUCUUGGUGAUUCCCCCAUCGGUGCUAUCUUGACCCCUGCUUCCUACUUGCUCGGUGGAUGGUGGACAUACAUUCUCAUGAACGCCUCAGGCCAGCCCAAAUACCCCAAGGGAACCAGCCACUUUAACCCCAACUCGCCUAUGUUCAUGCCCCACCACUAUAACCAAGUUAUCAUGUCCACCAUUGGCAUUCUCAUCUGGCUUGGUUGCAUUGCUGCUAGCAUCUACUACAAGGGCUUCCUCGAGGUUUUCCGCACUUACCUCGUCCCCUAUCUCUGGGUUAACCACUGGCUUGUGCUGAUCACGUUCUUGCAACACACCGAUCCUCUCCUUCCCCACUACCGCGCUCCUGAGUUCACAUUCGCCCGUGGUGCCCUUGCCACUCUCGACCGUAACCUCCUUGGUGACCUUGGAAGCGUCAUGGCUUGGAUUGGCUCCCAUGCUACCAACGGUAUAUCUGAGACUCACGUUCUCCACCACGUCUGCAGCAAGAUUCCCCAUUACAACGCUUGGGAGGCAUCCACUGCCUUAAAGAAGAGACUUGCUUCUGCCGGAAUCCCCACAGACGGUGCCCCUGGUGGCUGGGCUGAAGUCCACCGCGUCUUCAAGGAGUGCAAGUUCGUCGAAGAUGAGGGUGAUGUCGUCUUCUUCAAAAAUGCAUACGGCUUGGCCCAGAUGAAGCCUGCCAUGCCCGAAAGCACUGCCAGCGAUUCUGGUGUCGAGGUCGACAAGGAGAACUAG